ACUGUGUGAUCAUCUUCAAAGUCGCCUCCCCUCUCCGAAAAUCAGGUCUGUUUAGGGUUUCACUCAUGAAAUUUUGACUUGUGUUAUCGUGGAGGAUAACACAAGGAUCAAUAUUCGAUGCAUCGUCGUCAAUCUGUUACAGAUUCAAGAGGUCCGUCCGUUUUCGAGACCGUGAUAAUUUGUUAAAACGCUUCACGAUAAACUUGUCUGAACCCUAGCACACUCUGUGGAAAGAGAUUGAUUCGCAGUCUAAAUUUGAAUAGCACUCUAUUAUUAUUAUUAUCAUUGUUUCAUCAGAUUCCUCUUCACAGUAUUAUGCUCCAACUUUAAAGCUGGCAGAAAUGAUGUAAAUAAAGAAAGUGGAUUUUGAGGUAGAUGUGAAUACUGAUGAUAAGUUGAAUGAAGAAGGUCUUAAAAUUCCUAGUAGGGAAAUAGUUCCAAUGGAUGAACCAUAUGUUGGGCAGGAGUUUGAAUCAGAAGCAGCAGCUCAUGCAUUUUAUAAUGCUUUUGCAACGAGAAUAGGUUUUGUUAUUCGUGUAAGCAAGUUAUCUCGAUCAAGACGCGAUGGUUCUCCAAUUGGUAGAGUACUUGUUUGUAAUAAAGAGGGCUUUCGAAUGUCAGAUAAGCGUGAGAACAUCGUAAGACAAAGGGCUGAAACGAGGGUCGGUUGCAGAGCAAUGGUAUUAGUUAGGAAAGUUAGUUCUGAGAAAUGGGUAAUCACAAAAUUUGUAAAUGAACAUACUCAUCCUUUCACUCCUGGCAAAUCCCGACGAGAAUUAAUCUACAAUCAAUACCCGAAUGAACACAUCUACAAUCAAUACCCGAAUGAACACGACAAAAUUAGGGAGCUAUCCCAACAGCUGGCCAUAGAAAAGAAGCGAUCAGCAACAUUAAAAAGAAAUCUGGAGAUGGUAUUCCAGUAUAUUGAAGAGCAUAACCUUAGCUUUUCCAAAAGAAUACAAGAUGUGGCUGAUAGUAUUCGCGAGCUGGAGUCUCGAGAAAAAGAGACGCCACUAUAG